AGGUGUUCUGUGGUCCUGCUUGUCAGCCAGUCUAGCGCACCGCGACUAAGAUGGCCUUCCACGACCGUGCUGUGAUGUCUCAAACCGCUUUUACUCUAAAUAUCCACUGUAAGGGACUGUACGGUCAAAUUAGGUGAAAUAGCUGUGAAAAGGAAAGAACUGUCUUUGAAACGUUUCUGUGCGUGCUUUGAAUCGACAGUAUCGCAUUGAAUUCUCAGAUCUGUUGCGAGUAGAGAAAAUUGGCCCAUUACAGUUCUUGCAGGAUGGCUGAAAACCCCUUUGUUGCUUCUCAAGGAACUGCCUCUGGACAUUUUUUGGAAUAUCCCAGAAGCUUUGACCCAACUGAGAGUGCGGACAUCAACAUGCAGUUCAUCGGAACCUGUUCAAAGGUCAACCUGACUUGCUUGUUCCAGUGUACCUAUCAAGUUCUCAAGGCAAACAGUCCUGCCAGUGACCUCCCUGUGGUUGUGGGCCUCAAUAAACAGCCCGAGGAUGUUGUUUCAUUCUGUCAGGAAAAUGCACACAGCAUUGUGUCUGAAAUUGGUGCAGCUAUUGACAAGUGUCUACUGCAGGCUCUGGGAAAAGACAUUAACGAUGCUGGCCUGUAUGGGUUAGCCUUUGUUAGAUGUGGAGAAUUCGAGGAUGCUGCAUUUAUUACCUUUGUAAAGAACAACCAGCUAGUUAUCAAAUACCUUGUUUCUUUUAAGCAAGGUAUGGCUUCAAGCUUUGCUGAUGUACUUAAUAUGAGGUUGCACAAAUUGGGUGUAUCAGAUUCUUGUCGGCUGGUAGCAGCAACUGUUGACAGAGAUUGCUUUCAUAUGGACGAGAUUGAGGCCUUAUUAAAUGCAAAAAAAGACCGCACUAAUGCGCUUCUCGAGUUUCACUGUGUCAUCUACAAGUUAGAAUCUGUGCUCGGUCAUGCACUACAGAAGUCGAUGCUGGACGAUCCUCAGGUAGCCAUUAUAGCCAACCUUUGCAACAUGCUGAAGAACCUGGCUCUAGCUGAUGACCUCAACCUGGGAGAUGCAAUGUUUCAAGGCCCAGAGUCAUCCACGAGCACGUUUUUCAACUACAAGACGCUGGUUACACUGCAUAAUCACUGGUUGGACAUUGUGACCAAACUGAACAAAGUUUUAGUGGACUCACUCGUGGAAGAUGACCGUCAGGUAAUUUCUUUCAUUUUAGCCACCCUCAAGUCGACGACAUUCAUUGUGAACCUGGCAUUUUACAUAGAACUUUUCCGAAGUCUACAUGAAUGGACAAGCCGAGUGGUGGCUCUGGGCAUUCCUGCUUACCAAGUACUCAAUGAGUUACAGGGUGCCUCAAGUACGCUUCGGCAUCACACUUCCACUGGUGGCGUUCGUGUUGAAGAGCUGCUUGAGGAACUGCGACAGAGCUGUGGGCGCUACCGUGGGGUUGACAUCAGUUGUGAUCUGGACGAGGCACUAUUCACAGCCACUAUGAACAAGGUGUGCAGCCUCAUGGCUGAGAUCCUAGAUGAUAUUGUGCGCCAAACCACCCCAUCCAUUAGCAAGUUUAGCAUUUUGGACCCUAAGGUGUGGCCGGUAGACUCAUGUCAGUUGGAUGACUUCGGUUUCGACUCUAUAAAGGUGUUGGCACGGGAGUAUCGCUACUCACUGCUGGACAGUGUAGACGUGUUCCAAGAAUGGGGAUCAUACAAGCGAACCGUACAUAAUUCAUUCGUGACGCAGCUGAGAGACAACUUCGAUGCCCUUGCCGUGAGAAUGGUGUCCUCUUUCAAAAGCUUGUAUCCUGGCAUGGUGACACUGCUGAGUGCGGUAACGCUUCUGUGUCCAGCAUCUAAGGUCCUUCAAAAUUGCACCCAGCUCCUCUUGGAGGGCGAGCAGAGUGAAGAUGUGCGAAACAUACAGAUCAACGGUCCCCCCGUAGAGUCGUGGUCAGCAGCUGCAGCGCUGUCAUAUUUGUUGCAAGACCACUGUGUUCAACAAACUGCUCAGUUUUCUGACAAAGUUUGUGACAUCGUGUUGCCUUUAGAAGCUGUUAGGAGCUUGUUUGGGAACACUGUUUAGACUCUGUUUAGUAAGUUUUGUUGACUGCAAUACCAUCGAAACCAUCAGCUGUACAUAAUUGAUUUCAUUUAUUUUUAAUCAACAACUUAUCAACAGCACAACCAUGUGUCUCAUCUGUCCGAUGAGGCACAUGGCUGACAUUUCCACCAAUGUGAAUUUCCACCAUCUUGCCCAGUAAUAAAAAUGGGUGACGCAGUAGUUGAGAAUAGGAAGCAAAUUCUAAUUUUAGGGCUGAAGCUUUUUAGGACCUAGCCUUGUCUUCUAUUGUAGUCAUGAAUUAGGACUGUUGCUGUAGUUGAAACAUAUGCGAGACACAAAAAAAGGUUUUACAAUAAAAUUCAAGAUCACUGUUCCCAGAGAAAAUAACCUAUUGAGAAGAGUAUUGAGUUGAUCUCUACUAAAAUGUGACAAGAUGUUGAAGCUUCUCAAGGAAACCUGUAACACCAAGGCACAUGUUGAGCAUAUAUGUCCCAACAAAUUACCCUAAUUAAAAUGGCAUCUUGCCUCCAGUAAGACAGCGGGCUCUUGGAUUUACUUUCGAGGCAUAUCUUCCACUCCAGCAAUUUUUAAAGUCUUUUUUGAGUUGCCUUAGAUGACUGGAAGACAAAAUGAACUUGCAUUCCUGUAUACACUUUGUCACUCAGAUAACAUUAUAUGGGGCAUUGCACGGGUAACGUACGGUUACUCACGAAUACAAUAUCCAAAGCCUCACCUACUCAUCACGAUUCACUUCGUGGAAAUUCGAGGAUCUUUUUCUUCAUGUUCAAGAUGGCUAAUAUUGUCGUAUAGAUCAUACUGGUCUUGAAUGAAGAAACAGCGCCGUUUCUCCAUCUAAAAUCAAUGUGUACCAACUAGCCCAAUUCAAGACAAUAAUACAAAUCAUGCUGGAUGCCUGACUUUGUGCCACAUAUUUCAGCCGAGAGUUUUGGGCUAUCUCUUUCUGAUCUUUUCGGAAUUUGUGCCUAGUAUUUUUAUAUUGUGAUGUUACCUUUGCCUGUCUAUACUUUGGUCCUGUCAAUGUCUAUAUCUUUUUUUCCACACAUACUCAUUUAGCGAUUUCGACUUGACUCCUGAAAAGUUAAUAGGGUCUUCUAGCGAGCUACAGUAAUAUGGUGUGCAUAUGCAGUACAGUGUUAACCUAACGCUCCUCCUUUCCCGGUCGUCGGCUAAUUGCCAGUAAAAGCGACCCAACAAAACAAAAUCUUUCUCAAAAAUAAAUGUGGGGCGGUGAAGCCUCACUGUUGCCUGUCAGUCUACGCAUUUUUAACGAGACACCUGUCAUUCGGGGGACGGACUUCUUCAGAACAGGGAGUGGCAAAAGCACUAGUUGGAAAUAGUUGGAAAGGAGGAGUGCUACUGUACUGCCUUCCCAUAUUUGCGUACGGUAUAUCUGCAAGUUGUUUCAAAACCCCAAUGCUUCUGCUUGCUCUGAAUCUCUAUGCAUUUAUCUUGUUGUGUGUUGUUGCGACUGUUUUCUCCAGUAUUUUCUUUCUCUCUGGCAGCCAGCUUGCAUCUCUUAGAGCAAAGCCCUGUGCUUUGACAUUUCUUAGAUAUUUCUCCUCAUUUCUUUUUCGUUGUAUUUGUUAAUCUGUAUGUUUCUCUUGAUCCUGGUUGCCUAUUUAUGCAUUCAAAUACUACCAUAUACUUGUUUGCCAAUUUACUUGACCUCUUCCUCCAUUCUAUUAUGUGUCCACACUAGUUUAGCCAUCCAUUUCUUCUCCUUUUUGUGGAUGGACCGAAGGGAGCAUUCCCUUUGAAUUGGGGUGGCAACAAGUGCCACCUAGCUCUUUUUUAGCCUUCUUGAUUUCUACAGAUUAUGCUACUGAGUUUUCUUACUCCCCGUAGUUUUACGCCACCUAUCUUUCAGCCUUCCCUUGUCUUUACAGUAGAUACACAUAUGUUAACAAACUGUCUUUGAAUUCCAACAUCUCAGGCAGACUUACUUUUUUUGUGGCUAUUGGUUUGAUAUCUUGUCAUUCAACUGGUCCCUUUCCACAUAUUAGGCGUGAUUUGGCCUCAUUGGAAAAUUUUUCGUAGCUUCGCAUUCUGAGGUAUUCUGAUCUGGCCGUAAAGGGGCACUGCCACAAAAACUUUAACCUCGCGUUUCUUUUCUGCUAUGUAUUGCUGGGAGCCUGGUAUUCAUAACAUGGCACAUCGUUUGCUGCAGCAUGUAAUAAAUAAUUACUGCCCCUCAUUAUUGACCAGUUUCAGCUCGUUUGAGAGAGCUCCAAAAA